UUUCGUCACGGCCCUCUUGCUUCCGUAAACGGCCAGUCGUUCAAUUCUCUCUUCGUCGCACACCUGUGAAAGUCUCCACAUCUCGGUAUGAGGCGCUUGCUAGGCAAAAAUUUCUUAUGUGGACGCAUCCUUCUGUAUAGCUCGUUCUUCGUCGUUGCUUCUCUCGUUCUCUCUUAAAACAGGUCCCCAGUCCUCCGCGUUUUCGGUUUUCCUGCAUGCUCCUGAGAGUUCCUCAUCCACGGUCAAUUACCCCCAUCUCUGCUCCUCCGCACACCACCAUGUCUUCGUCUCCUGUUCCCCCGUCUCCCUCCUCUGCCUCUUCUGCUUCGUCUGCUUCCUCUCCGACGACUCCAUCUGCCUCCUCUUCUUCUGCAGCUGAUUUCUUCGGGACAUUGGACGUGUGGAGCGUCUUCGGUGGAGAGGAAACGAAGGCUGCGUCUUCUGGAAAGAAGACGAAGGGAUCCAGUGGAGACAGUCGCAAGAAAAAGCAUUCUUCGUCUGCUGCCCCCAGUCGCUCCUCCUCCUCCUCUUCAACUGGAGGCAUCGCCGGUUUCUUUGACGGCCUGUUCAGAUGGGGUAGCUCUUCCGACCCUUCCACAUGGAAUGACCACUCGACAGGCUACUCGCUGCCGGUAGAGGCGGCUGAAGUCCUCCAGGGAACGAAGCCUGAGGAUAGCCACGACUCGUCCUCUGCCCCGAAAGCUCUGACCUACGGAGACUUUACAAACGAAGGGUCGAAGACAGACGAAAAGAGGUGUGGUUCCUCUUCUUCUUCCACUUCGGCGGCGGCGGCUUUUUUUGCGGACGAGAAGAGCGAGAAACGGGAAGUCCAGGGAGACAAGCAGAGCACGACAAAGUUGGAAGGAGAGUGCACAAAGAAGGUGGUAGACACGAGCUACUACGACCUCUUGGAAGUCACGCCCGAUGCGUCUGCGGCUCAAAUUAAGAAAGCGUACUACAAACUCGCGCUUAAAUGCCAUCCUGACAAGAAUCCAGGCGACCCGGAAGCGAACAUAAAGUUUCAGAAGAUCGGCGAGGCCUACCAAGUGCUCAACGACCCAAAGAGGAGAGCUCAGUACGACAAGCAUGGCUUGUCUGCAACGCAAAACAUGAAGCUCAUAGAUCCGGCGCUCUUCUUCAUGAUGCUCUUCGGAUCCGAGCAACUUGACCCCUGGAUUGGAAAAUUAAAGAUGGCACACUUGGUCGAAGUCCUCACUCAAGACGAGACAGGCUUCCCUGGGGAAUCAGAUGGAAGUGGGACCAAGCCGGAAGAGUCUGCAAAGCAACGCGAGAAGAUGAUGAAGGAGAUGGAACAGGAACAGAAGAAGCGUGAGGUCACGCUUGCUCUCGAACUCCGAGAUCGUUUGCAGCCUUACGUGGAUGGCGACGCAGACAAGUGGAGAGAGGACAUGAACAAAGAGGUUGCUUCGCUCUGUGAGUCUUCUUUCGGAGACUCGAUUGUCGAAUCCCUCGGGUGGACCUACGAAAACGUCGCCGACGCGUACCUGGGCGAAGUGCAGACGGCGUGGGGUUUGGGGGCGACGCUCGCGAAUGUCCAGGCGACGGGUCGAAGCAUCGGAAAUACUUUCGCGGUUGCCAAGUCGAUGGUGCAAGCUGCAGUGGCAGCAACAGACAUUCAGGCGCGCCACGAACAAAGGAGAAAAGGGACCACUGAAGGUGAAGAGGGCGAAGGCGACAAGGCGAGUAGCGAGGAGACAGGGGCUCCGCCAACUCACCUCGAUACUCACGAGAUGGGCCGAGUUGGAGAAAUUCUGCAAAGCAUUCUCAGCAUCGUUCUCUACGACGUCGAAGAUACCGCGCGUCGAGCCGCGGAGAAGGUCUGUCGAGAUGAGUCGGUAACUCUGGCGACUCGUGUUAAGCGCGCUGAGGCCCUCAAGAUGCUCGGGCAGAUGAUGCAGGAGAAGGGGGCAGCAGCGAAGAAGAUGAAGGAAAACAAGCAAUUCGACGUUUCCAAGCACAUGGAGGACGCCUUCAUCAAAGCAACCAUUGCAGCAGAUGAAAAGAAUCACAAAUCGCGUUGA